AUGGGUUACAAAGAAAAUAGUUCAAAGCAGCUCUCAACAAUUAUGGCCACCCUUUUGGUGGUAUUAUUUUCACUAAUUAUUAGCUUCCCUUCCCAAGCCACCGCAAAGUAUGAUUACAAUCCUCCACCACCACCACCACCACCGCCGGAGAAACCCUACGUUUAUAAGUCACUUCCUCCGCCUCCAGAAAAACCCUACUUUUUCCCCUACUAUUACGUACCACCUCCGAAGAAGUCUCACGUUUACAUAUCACCUCCACCGCCGCCUCCAGAAAAACCCUACGGCUACAAGUCACCGCCACCACCCAAGAAGAAUUCACCGUCACCUCCUCCGCCUCCAAAAAAACCCUACUUUUUCCCCUACUAUUACGUAUCACCUCCGAAGAAAUCUCACGUUUAUAACAAGUCACCUCCUCCACCGCCGCCUCCGAGAAAACCCUACGGCUACAAGUCACCGCCAUGCACCACCCAAGAAACCCUACGUUUAAGUCACUCCCUCCACCACCGCCUCUCAAGAAACCCUACUUACGUUUAUAAGUCACCUUCGAAAAAACCCUACCUUUUCCCCGAUGACUAUCACUUAUUACCUCCGAGGAGAUCUUACGUUUAUAGGUCACCUCCUCCAUUGCCGAAUCCGGAGAGACCAUACGUCUACAAGUCCCCUUCGCCACCAUCACCACCAUAA